AUGUACACAUGCACAAAGAAAUUUCGAUGGGACGUAAGCCAGGGGCCCGUGGAGGCGGUCCUUCAGCGCUGUCAAUCACAGAGUCCCACCUCCUGCCUCACUUCCGCCUCUUCCUCCUCCUUCGCUCCAUAUGGCACCCCCAACAGAACCUCCGUCUCAGACUCCCGCCCAGAGAGCCAGGCUGAAGGGGGAAACAGCGACAGCAGGGUGCAGGAGGAAGGGUCUUCGGGUCGAGACCCCCCGAUCACAGGCGCGCUCCCUCAAUACCCGGAGCCGGGCUCUGAGGAGGGGCUCUGCUCCCCAGGGGUCCUGCUGGCCGCCCAGCGGUGGUUCACUCUGUUCGGCUGGCCCGAUGGGCCGCACCCCGUCACCAUACCGCACACACUGAGGAGGCUGUCGGCCACGAUGGAGGCGGGGGGUUCCCGUGGACGGGGUUACCCUGUCAUCCAGAGUAAAGACUCCAGGUCUGUUGUGGACAUGCUCCGCCAUCUAAGCUCCACCCAGCCCCCCGGCAUACCCCUCGACCAAUCGCUGUCCAGGGACGUGGGCUCACGCACCAAUCAGCUGCUGGAACAGCACAGGGCCAUGCUGGCCUUCCUCCGGGAGAGAGGGGCGCUGUUGGCUCACAUCCGACCUGAGUACCUGUUGGACACACACGAGUUUAACCACUGGUGCUCUCUGCAGGUUGAAGAGAGUGAAGUAGACUACAGCAGGGUUGACUAUGAGUCCUUGAGCAAGCGUUCCUGGUUGGAUGUCCUGCUGCAGAUAUACAAGGUGCUGGUGCUGUGUCGUGUGUCGGGCGAUAUCGAUGCGUUCCAGGCCCAGGACGUCAUGGGUCAACGAGAGGUCAAGGGUCAUCGGGAGGUCAUAGGUCACCAGGCUCUGGGCAGCAACGUCUACUCCUCCUGGGAGCUCCACCUUCUGGCCUGGCUCAACACACACUACCAGGCCAUGAGGAGCCGCGUGUGGAGCACAGGUGAGCUCCCAGCAGCCCGCUGGAUCGUGAACUUUGACCUCAACUUGGCCGAUGGGCUGGUGCUGGCAGCACUGCUGGCCGCCUACUGUCCCCACAUGGUCAGCAGCCACUUCCACAGGAUGUACACACGGAGCAGCAGUCUGGAGCAGAUCCUCCACAACAACAUCAUCCUGGUGCAGGCCCUGUGCACGCUCUCGCUCAACAUAGACAUACAGCCUACAGACCUGUCAGACCCUAACCCCGUCCAGAUGUUGAUGCUGUGUGUCCACCUGUACGAACAUCUGCCUCGGCUCCGCCCGCUCCGAACCAUCACAUUCUCAGGAGAACUCCACAGCACUGUUACCAAGCAGGUGCGUCUCAAGAGCCCGUCUUCCAAGCCCCUGCAGUACCAGUGCUCUCUGCUGGGCUCGGACGCCCACUUCUUCUCUCUCCCCAGCGACUCUACUGUCACCAUUCCUCCUGGAGCCAGUGCUGAAGUCAGCGUCCACUUCUGCGGCAGCUCCCUGCGGCCAAUGGAGGCGCUCCUGCUGCUCACCUCCUGCUCUGCUAUUGGUCCACGCGGCGGCACUCUGGCCUUCGCCCUGGAGACCAAGCUCACCCACCUGAAGCCCACCAAGAUGGUCAGAUGCACGUCUCCCUGCUACCAGCUGAAACGCAUUCAGCUGGCAAUCACCAACCCCUUCCCCACAGACGCCUGCUUCAGAGUGCUGCUGAUGGAGGUCAGAUCUCCACCAGCGGAGCGUGACGAGAACACCAUCAGCCUCUUCCAGCAGGCCUCUGUAGACUGCAGUGUAUCGCCAGAGGAGUCAGACUCUGAAAGCAGAGGCACUGAGGCAGGGGAGUUCUUCAGCGCGGUGAAGAGCGUCUGUCUUAAGCCGGGCCAGGGGGACACGCUGGAGGUCAGCUUCCUGCCUCUGAGUCCUGGCCCCAAGCACUGCUCCCUGCUGCUGCUCUGCCCACACGUGGGCGAUAUGGUCUACAGUGUGAAGGCUGUGGCAGAGCUUCCUCUAUCGUGUCCCCUCACGGCCACGCCCACUGCUCACCUAGCCCCGCCCCCUGACACCCCUGACCGAGGAGAGCCGGCGCUGGGUCUGCGGUGCAAGGCGGGGGAGGCGUGUGAGGUGACGCUGCUCGUGCCGCGGGUCAACCAGGCCCGCGAGACGGCCCUGGGCCUCUGGGCCCAGCACGGCAUGAGCCCCCACGAACGGAGGAGACGCCGGCUCACACACACCCUGGACGGCAGCAGUGUGAGGACAGCAGCCGCGCUAAGGAAAGCCACCGAGCAGCAGGUGUGGGCUGAUCGGAUCAGGGACGCGACGCACAGCGAGGGUCUGGAGUACAGCGUGGAGGUGUCCAUGCCCGACCACUUCCACCUCCCUCACACCGUUACCGUACCGCUGGGAGAGCACACCGUCGCAGAACGUGAACCAGAAUGGGAGUGUGUAAGUGUGCCACUCGGCUUCCAGGCUGACGCAGCGGGCCGCUACAGGUGCCGGCUGGUGCUGAGGUCAUGGCUCGACACCAGAGUCUAUGAGCUGGACGUGCAGGUCACCGCACAGGUAGAAAAGAAAACCGCCCAGGAAGUGAUGUCAUCCCGGCUCAGCCUAUGA